UCUAAGACCUCGGGAAAGAGAAUGACAAAAGUUUCAGUUAGGGCCAAGUGCAACCCAAUUAUAUCGUCUUCUUCGUCACUCUGUUUUUACUUUAUCCUCUCGCGUAAUUACUCCUUUCCCUUUUCUCCACUUCCUCCUCCUCAGCUUUGCUUCCCACACCAUCUCUCCAUUUUCGAUGGAGUUUGAGGUGAGACACGUGGCAGGAAUAGAGGACUGCUUCGUAUCUCUUCCUCUCCUACUCAUCCAAACCCUUCAAUCCACCCGCUCUUCUCUCCUCCCUCCCCUUCUCGCUCUCGAGCUUCGCCUCCCACGCUCCUCCGACCACCCCUGGAUCGUCGCUUGGUCCGGCGCUACUUCUUCUUCCACUGCUAUAGAGGUUUCUCAACAAUUUGCAGAAUGUAUAUCGUUGCCAAAUCACACCACAGUUCAAGUACGAGCAGCUUCUAAUAUGGCUAAGGCUACAUUAGUCACAAUUGAACCUCAUACCGAGGAUGAUUGGGAAGUUUUAGAGCUUAACUCUGAGCAUGCAGAAGCUGCUAUAUUAAAGCAGGUCAGGAUUGUCCAUGAAGGAAUGCGAUUUCCUCUGUGGUUGCAUGGCCGCACGAUCAUAACUUUCCUAGUGGUUUCAACCUUUCCCAAGAAAGCGGUGGUUCAACUUGUCCCUGGAACAGAAGUUGCUGUUGCUCCAAAGAGACGUGAGAAAAAUUUAAACAACAUGGAAUCGUCUACCAGAAAAUCUCAUGGUGCAAAAGCACUGCUACGUUUGCAAGAUUCGGACAGAAGAUUGUUUCACAAAAGCAAUGUCAAAGGUGUUGAGCUUGGGGUAGCACUUACUUCUGUCGCCUUUAUUCAUCAAGUAACAGCUAAAAGAUUUUCAUUGGAGUCUCUUCAGUUGGUUGUUAUAGUGCCAAGAUUGUCAUCCAAAGGGAGUGUGAAGAAUCUGGAAAAUGAUGCCUUGAGAAUGAAAGGAAGUUUAACUUCCAAGGAAGUAAAUAGUGGAAUUUCAACUGAUAAUAAGGAAUUUCGUCAAGUGAUUGUUCGCCUUUUAAUUUCAGAUUCAGUGGCUGAAGGACAUGUGAUGAUUACUCACUCUCUUCGGCUUUAUUUGAGAGCAGGACUACAUUCAUGGGUUUAUUUAAAAGGGUAUAAUGUUGGUUUGAAGAAGGAAAUUUCUGUACUGUCACUUUCUCCAUGCCGCUUCAAGAUGGUUGCAAAUGAUAAGGCUCUUGAGAAUGGUCUUGAAGUGCUUGAUGGCCAUAAAACUCGUAGGAUGAAAAACUCUGGUUCAGGAACCUCUUUGGAGGUAGUAAAUUGGUCAACCCAUGAUGAUGUUGUGGCUGUUCUUUCUUCUGAAUUCCCUUUCCAAGAGGCUGAAGACUCCAGCCAGGAAGACACUAAAAAGGGCUUAGAAUGUCUUCUUCGUGUGUGGUUUCUUGCUCAACUUGAUGCCAUAGCUUCAAAUGCAGGGACGGAAGUUAAUACGUUGGUUUUGGGGAAUGAAAAUCUACUUCACUUUGAGGUGAACAGAUAUGAUUCUGGGACUUACGGACUAGUCUCAUCUAAUGGUUUUUCAGAAAAGAGAAAUAAGACUAAGAAUUUGCCAGUAGAAAUUUCAUACAUAUUGACCAUUUCCGAGGAACCACUGCACGGUGGAAAUUUUAAUGCGUAUGAGCUUGCCCUUGAUGAUAGAAACAAGAGGAAUGGUGUUCAGGGUGGUUCCGAGUUGUUUGGAAAGCUAAAUUUGGGUAACCCUAUGUCCCUAUAUUCUGUUAAAGACAGAACAUCUGUCAAGGGGUUUAGCACAAAUGCAUCUUCAUUAAGCUGGAUGGGUGUGACUGCAUCUGAUGUUAUCAAUAGAAUGAUGGUGUUGUUAGCUCCUGCUUCUGGAAUUUGGUUUAGUACUUACAAUCUUCCUCUCCCAGGACAUGUUCUAAUAUAUGGACCUGCGGGUUCUGGAAAGACAUUAUUGGCUAGAGCUGUUGCAAAGUCCCUUGAAGAACAUAAAGACCUGUUGGCACAUGUAAUCUUUAUAUGUUGCUCAGGACUUGCUUUAGAGAAGCCCCCAACUAUUCGUCAAGCGCUUUCAAGUUUUGUGUCUGAAGCUCUAGCUCAUGCACCUUCAGUUGUUGUUUUUGAUGAUCUUGAUAGUAUCAUCCAAUCUUCAUCUGACUCAGAAGGAUCCCAACCUUCAACCUCAGUUGUUGCACUUACUAAAUUUCUCACUGACAUUAUUGAUGAAUAUGGGGAAAAGAGGAAGAGCUCCUGUGGUAUUGGUCCAAUAGCUUUUAUAGCUUCUGUGCAGACUCUGGAGAGUGUCCCUCAGUCUUUGAGCUCAUCAGGAAGGUUUGACUUUCAUGUGCAACUGCCUGCACCCGCUGCCUCUGAACGUGGGGCCAUAUUGAAGCAUGAAAUUCAGAGGCGUUCCCUACAAUGUCAUGAUGACAUCUUACUUGACGUAGCUUCCAAAUGUGAUGGAUAUGAUGCAUAUGAUCUGGAAAUAUUGGUUGAUAGAGCUGCUCAUGCUGCCAUUGGUCGGUUUUUGCCUUCUGAUUCUGAAGAAUACGUGAAGCCCAUUUUAGUUAGGGAGGAUUUCUCUCAUGCUAUGCAUGAGUUCCUUCCAGUUGCCAUGCGUGACAUUACUAAAUCUGCUCCUGAAGUUGGUCGCUCUGGUUGGGAUGAUGUUGGUGGUCUCAAUGACAUUCGAGAUGCUAUCAAAGAGAUGAUUGAAAUGCCUUCGAAGUUUCCGAAUAUAUUUGCACAAGCUCCUUUAAGGUUGCGGUCUAAUGUUCUUUUAUAUGGUCCUCCUGGCUGUGGUAAGACCCACAUUGUUGGUGCUGCUGCUGCUGCUUGUUCACUAAGAUUUAUAGCGGUGAAAGGGCCUGAGCUACUGAACAAAUACAUUGGUGCCUCUGAGCAAGCUGUUCGAGAUAUUUUUUCAAAGGCAGCUGCUGCAGCGCCAUGCCUCCUCUUUUUCGAUGAAUUUGAUUCCAUUGCACCUAAAAGAGGGCAUGACAACACUGGAGUAACUGACAGAGUUGUUAAUCAAUUCCUAACAGAAUUAGAUGGUGUUGAAGUUUUGACUGGUGUAUUUGUGUUUGCUGCAACGAGUAGACCAGAUCUGCUUGAUGCUGCAUUGCUGAGACCAGGUAGGCUCGAUCGCCUCCUUUUCUGUGAUUUUCCAUCUCAGCGUGAGAGGUUGGAUGUUCUGACUGUUCUUUCAAGAAAGCUACCAUUAGCCAGUGAUGUUGAUUUAGGCGCCAUAGCUUGUUUGACAGAAGGAUUUAGCGGAGCUGAUCUCCAAGCUCUUCUCGCAGACGCACAGCUUGCUGCAGUUCAUGAACAUUUGAGCAGUGUGAGCAGCAAUGAGCCUGGAAAAAUGCCAGUCAUAACUGAUGGUGUUUUGAAGUCUAUUGCUUCAAAGGCAAGACCAUCAGUUUCAGAAACCGAGAAGCAGAGACUUUAUGGCAUCUACAGUCAGUUUCUGGAUUCAAAGAGAUCCGUUGCUGCACAGUCGAGGGAUGCAAAAGGCAAGAGGGCAACUCUGGCAUGAAAAAUAAUACCAAUAGACAGUCAUAGCUGCCCAUUUUUCGUGGAACGGAAAGAGCGAUGUGGGAUGUCUUUUUCUUUUUCUUUUCAUUUUCAUACGUCAUUCUUUCAAAUAUGAAUCACUGUAGGUUGAGGAUAGAUUUGUAUUGCCAUUGUGCGUGUGUUAGAAAACUGUAUAGUGUUCAUUGCUAUGGAGGUUGCUCUUUGAUUAGUGCCGUUGGAUUGAAACAUCGGCCGAUAGGAUAAUGGGCUGAAACGGGCAUGUAAGCAGUUAAGAGCCUUGAACUUAAGACUCGUCUAAGGCCGUGGCCAUACGAUCUCGGCCCCAACUGGUUUUUUAAGGUAAAAUUAUUUCAAUUUUAUUGUAAAACUGAAUGUUCCUUAAGAACAAUGCAAAUUCCUCGUCCAAAUAAAUAGAAGGCCAACGAUUACUUGGACUA